AUGGCUGGAUCACAAGAAGACUACCGCGAGAAAAGACGGCGCCGGUCGCCUUCUGAAUCUGCACUUUCAGACAGAGACAAUGAUAGACGACGGCGUACGCGCGAAGGGCGCCGCGAUGACCAUCGAAGUUCUCGAAGAGACAGCUCCAGAAGACGGUCUUCCCGCAGUCCGCCGGGGAGAGAUGGCCACCAACUAGAUUAUAACCGUGAUCGUCGAGACCGCAGAGAAAGACGGGAAGAAUCAGAUGAUCGUCGCAGAAGACGAAGGUACCCAUCUCAAGAACGAGGUCACCGCCGUCACCUUGACCGAGACUCGUACGACGAUCGAGAGAGAUCUUCGCGAAAAUAUCGAAGCCGAUCGCGUUCUCACUCGCCAGCUGGACGCUCACGAAGCCCGGAGUCGCGGGCCCUUCCCCGAUCCAAGGCUCCCCUCCCUUCUCAGAACGACGCAUAUACAUCAUCAGAGGUUGCGCGGAGAGGGGAAUCAUCGGCACCGCCGCCGGAAAAGGAGAAACCCAAUUUUGGAAACACUGGUCGCUUAGCUGCUGAAACCAAUACUGUCAACGUCAACGGAGGUACGGUUGUUCUCAAGUACCAUGAGCCCCCGGAAGCGCGCAAGCCUCCUGCGAAAGAACCCUGGCGACUCUACGUGUUUAAAGGAGAAGAUUUACUCGAGGUAGUGGAGCUGGGAGAGCGCAGCUGCUGGUUGAUCGGAAGAGAGCGCCUUGUGGUUGAUUUCCCGCUGGAUCACCCUAGCUGCUCCAAGCAGCAUGCGGCCAUUCAAUUUCGAUUCGUCGAGAAGAGGAACGAAUUCGGAGAUCGAAUCGGAAAGGUCAAACCGUAUCUCAUCGACCUGGAGAGCGCCAAUGGCUCCCAUGUAAAUGGGGAUACGAUUCCAGCCGGGCGCUACCUUGAAUUGCGAGACAAGGACGUCCUCAAGUUUGGCUUGAGCUCGAGAGAAUAUGUUCUCAUGCUACCUCAGCCAGAUUGA